AGCUUAAUUUUCAUCCAGUAUCAAUCUGCAAUCUCCCAAGUCAACAAGCAUCUUCAACGGAAGUAUAUCCAGAAGCUCAAUACAGUUCAAAAUGUUCAAGCUGGUGCUCAUUUCUGCCCUGGUCGUAGCUGCCUAUUGCGCUCCGGCUGAUAAGCCCAAUCAACAGGGUCUUGAGCAGUCGGAAACGCAGUGGAAUGCUGCGUGGGCCAACCCGGCGGCCAAUCCGAACGCGGCCUGGCAAAAUCCGAACGCAGCAGCCUGGGGUGCCAACAGCUGGAACCGGUGGGGAAACAAUCCGGCCGAUCCUCGUGCUCGCUGGGCUGGUGCUGGUGCUGAACCGUGGAACCGGUGGGGAAACAAUAACCCUGCUGCCUGGAACCAGCAGCCAUGGAACCGUGCCGCCGGUGCUUGGCCUGCUGCCGGAGCUCCCGCCGCCGCCCGUGGCUGGAACCCGUGGUAAACUUUGGAGGAACUGUGAUUGCGUAUGAAGAAACCAACCCAACCCGAACAACGAAUGCUGCACACCAGUGAUUUGUAAGACGAACGCUAUGAUUUUGUACAGUUUUUUUGAUUUUGUAAUAAAUUUUGUGUAUACAUUUAA